CCUGUCUCUGUCGUGCUUUUGGGUUCAGUUCUGUCGGUUCCAGCGAACAUUACAGUACUAUCUGGCCAACAUGGACCCAGCCGACUCAGCACCAUCCCAAACAGCGCCGCCGACACCAGUCGAGAUGAUACGCCAUGAGCAACAGCUGAUCUUCAUUACGGAGGCUAUGCAGGCGAUGUCUCUUCGCAACGAGCGUAGCUUUGCGUCUCUCCGGGACUACAUCACAAAUUUCUCCACUACAGCCCGGAGUUCAGAUACCACUGCUGCCUCCAGAUCUCCGGUCCACACUUCUCCGGCGUCAGAUGCCUACCUCCACCUGAGCGCUAUUCUGGUGUUCCUGGUUUGUGUCGGCAUUCCUCGUGCAGUGUUCUGUUUUUUUGAGCUCCAACCCUUCGCCUUCCCCACAGAGAUCCCUCUGCUCACAAGGGCUAAGGACUGGGGAACUGCCGAGUGGGAGAAAGGAUCUCCAGCCUGCUUCUCCGUCCAACUCUUCACUGAGGAGCUGCGGAAGGUUUUCGAUCAUGUGACGCCUGGAAGAGAGGUCGCUCCAGGGCUGCUCGACCUGAAGCAGGGAGUGAGAGCGGUAUCUGAUUACUCCAUCGAGUUCUGCACCAUGGCAGCUGAGAGCAGCUGGAACUCUGCCUCACUUCUCGAUGCCUUCUACCACGGUCUGUCAGAUCGCAUCAAGGAUGAAUUAGCGGCUCAGGAUUGUCCGACUGAUUUGGAUAAGCUGGUGGCUCUUGCGUCCAGGUACCUUCUCCUCCCACUCUUCUCGCUAUCGGCUCCUGAGACCAAGGCCAUGGAGAGGUACGUCAAUGACUCCUUGGCUGCAGGAAUUAUCCGACCAUCUUCGUCUCCAGCCGGAGCUGGGUUUCUUUGUGGGACAGAAGGACAAGACCCUGCGUCUGUGCAUCGACUACAGAGGACUCAAUAACAUUCACCAUCAAGAACCGGUACCCUCUCCUGUUAGUUUCCUCUGCUUUCGAACUGUUACAAGGUGCUACUAUGUUCUCCAAGCUCAACCUCCGCAAUGCUUACCAUUUGGUGAGAAUCAGGGAGGGGGAUGAGUGGAAGACGGCCUUCAAUACUCCUAGUGGACAUUAUGAAUAUCUAGUCAUGCCAUUUGGUCUCACAAUGCUCCUGCAGUCUUCCAGGGAUUAGUCAAUGAUCUUCGGGAUCUGCUCAACAUAUGUGUCUUUGUGUACCUGGAUGACAUUCUGAUUUUCUCCAAAUCUAAGCAGGAGCAUGUGACUCAUGUACGCCUAGUUCUCCAGAGGCUUUUGGAGAACCGUCUGUUUGUGAAGACUGAGAAGUGUGAAUUCCACACCUCAGAAGUAUCAUUCCUGGGAUUCAUCGUCAACGCAGGUAACAUCCAGAUGGACCCUGACCAAGACCAAGGCUGUCAGUGACUGGUUGUCUCCUUCCACACGAAAGGAGCUUCAACGUUUCCUGGGUCUUGCCAACUUCUACCGGAGGUUCAUCCGUAAUUACAGCUCUGUGGCAGCUCCCCUCACCUCCAAGAAAGUGCUCUUCCGAUGGUCCCCUGUGGCAGAGGAGGCCUUCUGAAAAUUGAAGUUACGUUUCACUUCUGCUCCCAUUCUCAAAUUCCCAGAUCCCACUCAGAUCCAGUUUAUCGUGGAGGUGGAUGCUUCGGACACCGGUGUGGGGGCAGUUCUUUCUCAGCGAUUAGCUGAGGAUCAGAAGGUUCAUCCUUUUGCCUUCUUCUCCCGGAAGCUGUCUCCGGCAGAGAGGAAUUAUGAUAUUGGGAAUAGGGAGUUGUUGGCAGUAAAACUGGCACUGGAGGAGUGGAGACACUGGUUGGAGGGAACAGAGCAGCCAUUUGUGGUCUGGACAGACCACAAACCUGGAGUACAUCCGUUCAGCCAGGCGGCUGAACUCUCGUCAAGCAAGGUAGGCUGUUCUUUAACCGUUUUGACUUUUCGCUUUCCUACAGACCGGGUUCAAAGAAUAUGAAACCCGACGCCCUUUCCAGCCGGAGAGUUUUCCAUCCCGUCCGGAAGGUAUCCUUCCUUCUGCAUGUGUCAUCGGUGCAGUAACUUGGGACGUGGAGGACAAGUCUCCGUGCUCAGGUCCUCCAGUGGAGUCAUUCGUCUCGCCUGGCUUGUCACCAUGGGGUGAGACGCACCCUAGCGCUGCUUCGUCAAUGCUUCUGGUGGUCUUCCAUGGAGGCGGACACCAGUGGUUUUGUCGCGGCCUCUCCGGUCUGCUCUCAAAACAAGAUCUCUCACCAGGCCCCCUCCGGUCUUCUCCAUCCCUUGCCAGUUCCAGCUCGUCCAUGGUCCCACAUCUCGUUGGAUUUUGUCACUGGCCUACCACUCUGUGACGGUAACAGUCAUACUCACUGGCGUUGAUCGAUUUUCCAAGUCUGCUCAAUUCAUUCCACUUACCAAAUUACCUACUGCCAAAGAAACAGCGGAGAUUAUGUUCCAACAGGUGUUCCGACUUCAUGGUCUGCCCUGUGAUGUGGUCUCUGACCGUGGUUCACAAUUCACCUUUCGCUUUUGGUCUGAGUUUUGCAGGUUGUUGGGGGCCACGGUCAGUCUGUCAUUCGGUUUUCACCCCCAAUCCAAUGGUCAGGCAGAAAGAAUGAACCAAGAGAUGCAGACAGCUCUACGCUGCCUCGCUUCCCGCAACCCCUCCUCCUGGUCCAAGCAACUCUUGUGGAUCGAGUAUGCCCAUAACACCCUUCCCAGCUCUGCCACUGGUCUCUCACCCUUCCAAUGCUCUCGGGGUUACCAGCCACCACUCUUCCCAGAGCAGGAACAUGAGGCCAGCAUUCCCUAUGUGCAGGUGUUCGUAGGUUGGUGUUGACGCACAUGGAGACAGGCUCGCCUCACACUCCUGCGCUCUUCAGAAUGUUACCAACGAUCCGCCAACCGACAUCGCAUUCCUGCCCCCCCUGUACAUGCCGGGGCAACGGGUCUGGUUAUCUACAAAGGAUCUACCCCUCAGAGUAGAAUCCAAGAAGUUGGCUCCACAUUUUGUGGGUCCAUUCCCCGUCUUCGUCUACCACCUUCCAUGAGGGUUCACCCCACAUUCCAUGUAUCCAAAGUCAAGCCUGUUAAAGAGCCUGUUUCAGCUCUCCAGCGAUCGUCUAGUUUACCUGUUUAGUUUUCCUGACCUGCCUGUUUCUGGACUCCGAUUGUUCUGCCUACCCCUU